GCCGGGGGCUGGGUGGAGGCGGCCGCGACUGCGGCCGAGUCGGGAGCAGUGCGGGGUCGUCGGGCAGUGGGGGCGGCGAUGCUGCAGCUGCGGGACUCGGUGGACUCGGCGGGCACGAGCCCCACGGCGCUGCUGGCGGCCGGCGAGGAGGCGGUCGGGCCGGGCGGCGGCGGCGGCGGCGGCGGGCGGCCGGGGGCGGGCGCGCCGCUGCGACAGACGCUGCGGCCGCUCAGCGUCCACGAGCCCACGCGCCGCGCCCGCGUCAAGGAGUACUUCGUGUUCCGGCCCGGCACCAUCGAGCAGGCGGUGGAGGAGAUCCGCGCGGCGCUGCGGCCCGCGGAGGACGGCGACGUGCAGGGCGUGUGGCUGCUGACCGAGGUGGACCACUGGAACAACGAGAAGGAGCGGCUGGUGCUGCUCACCGAGCGGGCGCUGCUGGUCUGCAAGUACGACUUCCUCAGCCUGCGCUGCCAGCAGGUGGUCCGCGUGGCCCUGGACGCGGUGGACACCGUCUCCUACGGGGAGUUCCGCUUUCCCCCGAAGUCGCUCAACAGGCGAGAAGGUUUCGGGGUUCGCAUCCAGUGGGACAAGCAGAGCCGCCCGUCCUUCAUCAGCCGAUGGAACCCCUGGUCCACCAGCGUGCCGUACACCACGUUCACAGAGCACCCGAUGGCCGGCGUGGACGAGAAGACGGCCUCUCUGUGCCAGUUGGACGGCUUCAGAGCUCUGUUAAUCCAGGCCGUCAAGAAGGCCCAGAAGGAGAGCCCUGUGGCGGGCCGGGCCGGCGGCGUGCUGGUCUUGGAGUGCCCCCUGCUCAUCGAGACCUACGUGGGGCUCCUGUCCUUCAUCAACAACGAGGCGAAGCUGGGCUAUUCCAUGACCAGAGGCAAAAUUGGCUUCUAGACGCGCCCACGGGGCUCCUUUCCGGGAGAUCUGAGCCAGCGGGACCCUGGGGGCGGCGGGCAGGGCCCAGGCACCUCACCGGUAGGGGUCUGGGCACGAUUAGCAUGGCCAGAUGGGUCAUAUGCUUUAGUCGGAUACUGGACAUCUGGUCACGUGAGCUCCAGACAAUGCAGAAUGCAUCUCGCUGUCACAGUCCCGGCCGCAUCCGCCUCCUAGAAGCUCGGUUUCCACGUCCCCCAGGGUCUCCACGUGGUUCCUCGCAGCCCCGCCCACCCCAGCCCUGGAGCAUGUUAUUAAUAAACGUUGCCCAAUUCCACUGGU